AGCAUCUAACCGGGGAUGCCGCCGAGCCCCUCCUUCGUCUCCUGAUCCUAAUACAGGCGGGAUUCUGGCAGAGACAUUGGCUUUAUUAAGCCUAUAAUAGGUCCUGUUUCGAACACCUUAUCAUCUGAAAUGGUCUAUUUUUCUCUGCUUAUUCAAUGGCGUCUUCGCCGCACCAGCCCGGGUGGCCCCCGAGUGAUCGUCGCCAGUCCCAGGACGCCGCGCCAAGCUCCAGCUUCCAAUGCUCCCAGUGCUCUAGGAAUUUCAAGCGCGUUGAGCACUUGAAACGACAUGAAAGAGGCCAUGAAAGUACAAGAAGAUUCACUUGCCCAACCUGUGGAAAGCGCUUUGCUAGAAGCGAUGUCUUGACGCGUCACAUGCUCAUACACAACCCAUCCCGGGAGGUAGCCAUCUCUCCCAACGCGGGAAUAGCAACGACGCAGCGAAGAGCAUGCACACCGUGCUCCAAGGCCCGAGAGAAGUGUAACAAAGGCAACCCUUGCAGUCGGUGCCAUGCGAGAUUGAUUCCAUGUGUAUAUCCUGCAUCGAGGAUUCAAUCUAUCAGAAGUAAUCAAGCAGAUUAUGAUGAGGGACCCUCCGAUCGGUCGGGCCUUUCUCCGGACUCGACAAAGAGCACGUCCCCAGAACGACAGCCGGCGUUAGGCCCCGGUAAUUCUGUCAUCCCGAGGGCCUCAAUUACUGAAAACAUUAUCUUCAGCCCGCGCCUCUCUUCAGAGCAGGUAUCGCAUGGGGCAACAGGCCAGCAGCUCAUGGCAUCCCAUGAGAGUCUCCAACAAAGCCAAAAUCACCAGAACGCGAUACUGGAGGGCAACCAUGCGGUUUCCCUCCAUCAACCUCUCCACGUCUCCUACAGCUCCAUGGGAAUCAGUGAAUUUCAGCAACCCCAAUUGAUACGCCAGACUCCUCAGAUAUUCAAUCCCGGGCCUAGCGUUCAGACGGCUCAUGCCCUAACUCCCGGCUUCCUUGGUCUCGACGUACCUAGCUUCGGGUAUCAAAACACAGCCUAUGAACCGGACCUGGACCUCCAUAUUAACUGGAUUCCAACCAACGAUACCAUCGAUUUUGACUAUCGAUCGAUUCUAGACUUGACAAUGAGUGGGAAUGGGCUCGAACCAGAAGGAGCACUACCUGUUGUUCCCAUGGAUGUUCAGACCUUUUCCGGCUCAACGACCAUCCACGACCUAUCAUCUGCUCCAGGGGAGGGUCACUUCAUGACUCAGGCCCGGCCAGCAACCUCACCAUCUGGGACACCGUCAAGCAUCUCUUGGACCAGUACUGACAGUCGAGUUGGCAAUGUUGUGGAGGGCGAACUGUAUGCAACUAGUAAGAAUGGAGCUCGCAUUCCUUGUACAGUUCGCUCCAAAGUGCCACAGGUUUUGAUUCCUGGCACACAUCACCAAUUCGCAAUGUCUCACGACCCUCGCCCCGAACAGAUUCCUUCUACUCCUAUUGGAUUUCCAAAUCUCGACCAUUUGGCAACAGACCACGCUUUAACGGCGGAUCAACCUGACAUUUUGAUAUGGAAAUCCACCUACGACGAAAUCUUUUAUAAUUUCCGUCGACUUUGCCUGGACUGUGAUGGAUUUUAUCCUUCAUAUACCAGUCAUAACUUUCCCUCUAUGCUACAUUUCGACCUUUUCAUCCGUCUCUUUCUCGCUAGCUUCAACCCAAUCAUACCCAUAAUACAUCAGACUCUGACAACAGUGAACGAUUUCUGGAUAUUGACCCUGGCUAUGGCAGCCGUCGGUAGUCAGUACACUCGGACCCAGGAGUUCGAUGCGAUGGUGAUACCUUUACACGAAUAUCUACGAAGGGCGCUUCGAAUAGAGACUGAACGUUCUUGCGGCUCAGAUCACCAGACCGCCGUCUUUCAGUCUCUGCUCCUGAGUCAUAUUGGCAUGCUUUACUAUGGAUCGACUCGACUGAGAUCAUACGCCGUGGCACGUUGUGGGAGCCUUGUUGGCCUCGCCGAGUCAUUUCAAUUACAUGGAUCAAUGCUUUCUUCUGAAGAGUCAGAUCUUCGUGUCAAAGAUACAAUCCGGAAUGCAUCUUUAAAUGUCCUGCAUGAGCAAUGGCAGAACUGGGUUCGACUAGAGACUAAACGUCGCCUUGGAUACUUGGCAUGGUUACUUGACUUUAUGGGUCAAUACCAACAUAUCGAUUUCCAGUCUCUAUUUUCUUUCGACGUACCAACAAGCGAUCUGCCCCAUGAAGGUCUUUGGAACACAACUAGUGCGCACGAGUGGGCCGAAUUAUUUCAGCGGACCGAUCGAAACCCGUCACUUCAAUCGGCAGUACGCAAACUAUUUCUGGAACGAAAAGUAAAGUCCGAUCUAGGAGAGUCGAGUCGAAUCCUUCUCCUACAUGGAGUAUAUCGCGAGAUCGAUCAAAUCAAGUCUUAUUUCCAACGACCACUGUCUUUCUGGAUCCCAUCUGCUCAACAGGUGCCACGUACCGACGUAGCUUCGCGGGAACACUUGCGAGAAACAGAAUUAUCCAGCGAGAAAUGGCUGAACGAAUUACCAACUUUUGCGGCGUGGCGAAAUGCGGCACUUGAUUGUGUAGAUGUUUUACACUGGGCUGCCAAUGGGACAAUCGCGCUUCUUUCUGGAGCCGAGCAUCCAACUGUUUUCCAUUUGCACUUUUCUCGAGUGAUCCUUCUCGUUCCACAUCGAGAUAUUCUCACACUCGUCUUAUUUAUUGUUGGCUCAGCGGCCGACAUUUCAAAGAUUCCAACCAGAGAAGAGGCGGGAGCUGCUGAGCAAGAGAUUCUCCGGUGGGCACAACGUGAUGAGUCGAAAGCUCGCCUCGCUGCUGUACAUUGCGGUUGCUUGUACUGGCACAUUCGGAGAUACUCGACCAUGGCAUUUUACGAACCGAGCUCUGUCUUUCUCGCCACCUUGACCCUAUGGGCUUACAGUUACUAUGCGUCACGAGUGGCUCCAAUGAUACAACCAGACCGGUCUGGUGAUGAAUAUGAUCGGAGUGGCAGUCCGUCACGACAAUCGUCUCCUCUUGGCAAUGUUCCUCAGACAACUGCAUCAACAUCUGGGCCAGAUGCAGGUGCUGCUGAACACCCAGGCCUAGAUUCGGGGGGAUCGCCACAUUUCCCCGGCUCCGAUCCCACGUUUAUCCGACUGGACCGGCCUAAUGACGAUGAGAUGGUACAGCAUUUUGUUCGAUGUGGCCGGCCAUCAAACAUGAGAGCCUACAUUACUGGGGUCGGCGAUAUCUGUGUAGCUAAAGGCCCUGCUCGGAUUUUGAGGGAAGGGAGAAAGAUUCUCGGGGCUGUGUCCUUGGCGUGGGGCCGUACUCGAGAUCAUGUAGCCAUUCUGAGGGCCCUGGAGAGGGCCAUUUCAGGUAUAGAGCCAUGUGAAGGCCCUACUCAGGAGUGAGACUGGGCCCUCGCGCAGCUCUCUCAAAGAGGUGCCAAGCUUGUCUUCAUGGAGACGGGAUUGACGCUGAUGAUGAAUGUAAUGGUGCUGAUAUUGACCAAGUAGGUAGUGAGCACAUCGGAUAUCAGGACUAGCCAUUUAUUCGUUACAAUGGAAGAUAAAUGGGGUUCACAGACUAAUUACCUGCUUCGCUCGGUUUAAGUUAACCCGCUAUCGUACCUUAGGGGCAUGGGCGGACCGUCUUUUGGCACCAGACGCGAUAGUUCCGUCAAGUACGGCCCGAAUACGUCCAUACCUACGAGGUCGUACUUCUACAGAAUCCAGGUUCU